UGAUCUGUUGUGCUGCUCUCCAAUCAGCUUUUUGCAGGCCCACGCACAACGCUCCAACGGUCAUGAACAAUAUUACACUAAAUAACAUCGAACAAGUCCUUGGCGCACGUGAACCCGAAUUAUCGCAGAACCUGACGAAGCUCUUUACGAAGCUUCUAGAGCGAAACCAAGACCCGACGUUUGUGCAGAACUAUACGGGUGCCAUCAAACUCCGAUUUCGCAAUGAGUCUCAGACACGGAAAGGUCGCGAUCCUCUCAGCUUCAGUGCUUUUGGCAGAGCAUGUUAUGCGGCAGGGAUCGUGAAGACGUUUCUCGCUGUCGUGACGUCCCAUCUGUACACGCAAUCGCAAUCGCAGCCGAAGGAACGAUAUAUUGGACAGUACAAUGCGCUUGAAGCUCUGGAAGAAUUUAUGCAGACUGGGAAUCUUACCGAGCGACGCACGCUUUUGGAGGACAUGAAGAAGAACCAUGUCAUUAAUAUCUGUUUAUCGCAUCUGAACCAUCCUCUUUGCAUUUUCCGUCAGUUAGCCAUCAAUACCUUACGCGUACUCGCCAGCGAAUCCGUACUGGGAGAGACUUCAUCCGUAACAGAAAUAGCAGAUAUAAUCGCAGCUGUCUGCAGAUUCACUUUAGAAGGACCCGAUUUCUUCAUCGAGAGCAUGCGAUCUCCAAACACGACAUGGCAAAGUCAAAUGGUGAUGGGCGCAACUGAUAUACCUGCAAAACGAGCCGCAGAGCAUGUACCUCGAUUUUACGCCAUGGCCCAAGAAAGCGCUCUAUGGACUGCCCACGGACUUUUGUGUACCACACCUCCUCCAUCGCGAAAACAUUGUCUUGACAUUUUGAAGAAGAAACCAGAAAUUCUAGAUUUACUUUUUGACUGCGCCAUCAUCACUCGCCCACCUUGGUACCCCGAAACACAAGUCGAUUCUAUCGCGUGUGAGGUCAUAGCCCUCUUCUUCCAAUGGCCGUCGCACAUCGUACCAGGUGUUUCGACGCCUCAAGACAAUGUUUUUAGAGCACAGGAGUGGAAGGCCAUGACCCAGGCUGUAGCUAUCCUGACGUCUCGAGAAGACUGGUGUGAAAAGAUUAUCGAAGUAUGGAUGAAAAUCGAAGAGGAGGACUGGCGGGAAGUCCAGAGCUGGUUUGAUCGGGUCGAGGUUGAUUACCACGCGUUUGAGCCACCCGAUGAAGAUGCUUUCAGCCAGGUGUUUGAAUAUAGAGGCACAUCCCGUAUUUCUAUGCUGAGACUAGUUAGUACCCUCAGUCACGCAGCUGAGUCUUGCGGUGUCACCAACGCCGAGAUCGAGUCACUACUCCGGAUGGCAUACCUUGCUUCACGCAAAGUCAAGAGUCCAAAUGACCUCGAUCAUAGUAAACCGGAGGAUCGAUACAUAUGUGUCGAGCGUAUGGAAGAGAUCUUUCGCAGCCCUAUGUAUACUGUAUCCCUAAACAUAAAAGUGGAUGCGCCGCUCCAAAUCGCGGACGAAGGUAUCAUGGGUCCAACGGCUCUCGCACGCCUGCUCGUCGUGCUUGCCCAACGAAAAGCCUUCGAUACCAUCCAAGGACUCAAAAAAGCACCAAAUGGUCUUUCGUCCUCAACCUGUCUCAAUCACGUACAACAAAUCACGAACCCUGAUGUUAUCCGGCGAUUCCUGAAAAUCGCACUGCAGCGCGUCCAGGCGAGUAUGGACAAGGGGCGUAAACGCACUCGCGAGGCCGACAACAAUUAUGCCAGGGCCGCGUUCACAAGCGCUGCAGAGCUUUCUGCCGCCCUGGUUGCAUUUGACAACCAUACUCAGGGUCAGUAUUCGAAGGAAGUGUUGGGGGCGAGAAAGGAACUUGCAUUGGCUCUAGGAAAUGCAGCUGAGAUGGCCAUUCGUGAGAAGCACUGGCAGCAGGCGUUGUAUUUCGGAUCCGGUGCUGUGAACGUUGCUGAGAACAUUCCAGCCGGCGAGAAUUUGGAGAACAGUGUUAUUGCAAAAAAUAAGCGGCGCGUCGAGCAAGCGAGGACUGCGAUUUCUGCAAAAUAAAAGCCAUGUAGCAUUAACAUUGACCCUUCUGUACUGAUCUUGGUGUAUGAUAUAUUGUACGUUUGUCUAAUUAAUGUUGUCAAUUGUCUUGAUGGGCCUGCAUACUCAGGGACGCUUCUGUGAACCUUGAACAGCCUAUCUCGAGCAUUACCCUUUGGUGACCCGGCGUUGAUUCAAUCUAAUUAUUACGUUUACCUGCGUCAGACCCUGGUUGUGAAGUGUUUGAAUUGAUGAUAUGUCGAAAUAUCUAGGGUGACAAGCGUGGAUCUAAAGGCAUAAUCAGACACAUUAGGUUUACAGGGCUUG